GCUGCUCUGACUUUCUUUUAGUCUCAGCAUGGAGAGGACCGUCUUCUAAAGCUUCUUCAUAAAAACAGCAGUAAGAUUAUUUAAAGAAUAGAUAUCUGGAAACAAUCAGAAGAACAACAUGGGAAAAUCUGAGAAAAGGGUUGCAACCCAUGGGGUCAGAUGUUUUGCCAAGAUCAAGAUGUUUCUGUUGGCAUUAACAUGUGCAUAUGUAUCCAAAUCAUUAUCAGGAACUUAUAUGAAUUCCAUGCUCACACAAAUAGAGAGACAAUUCGGUAUCCCCACAUCUAUAGUUGGGCUUAUCAAUGGGAGCUUUGAAAUAGGAAACCUUUUGUUGAUUAUAUUUGUGAGUUAUUUUGGAACAAAACUUCACAGACCUAUCAUGAUUGGUGUUGGAUGUGCAGUUAUGGGCCUGGGGUGUUUCUUAAUCUCGCUACCCCAUUUCCUCAUGGGCCAAUAUGAAUAUGAAACGAUUUUACCUACAAGCAACGUGUCCUCAAACAGCUUCUUCUGUGUGGAAAACAGAUCCCAGACCUUAAAUCCAACACAAGACCCCUCAGAGUGUGUGAAAGAAAUGAAAUCAUUAAUGUGGAUAUAUGUACUGGUAGGAAACAUAAUACGUGGAAUUGGUGAAACUCCCAUCAUGCCCUUGGGUAUUUCCUACAUUGAAGACUUUGCCAAAUCUGAAAACUCUCCUUUAUACAUUGGGAUUUUAGAAACAGGAAUGACCAUUGGCCCUUUGAUUGGACUUCUGUUGGCUUCUUCCUGUGCAAACAUUUAUGUAGACAUUGAGUCUGUGAAUACAGAUGACCUGACCAUAACUCCCACAGAUACACGCUGGGUCGGAGCUUGGUGGAUCGGCUUUUUGGUCUGUGCAGGAGUGAAUAUCCUGACCAGCUUUCCCUUUUUCUUUUUUCCCAAAACACUUCCAAAGGAAGGAUUACAGGAGAAUGUGGAUGGAACUGAAAAUGCCAAAGAGAAGAAACACAGAAAAAAGGCCAAGGAAGAAAAACGAGGAAUCACUAAAGAUUUCUUUGUGUUCAUGAAGAGCCUCUCCUGCAAUCCAAUUUACAUGCUUUUCAUCCUUAUAAGUGUUCUCCAGUUCAAUGCAUUUAUCAAUUCAUUUACCUUCAUGCCUAAGUAUCUGGAACAGCAAUAUGGAAAAUCCACUGCUGAGGUAGUCUUCCUUAUGGGUCUUUAUAUGUUACCUCCAAUAUGCCUCGGAUAUUUAAUUGGUGGUUUGAUUAUGAAGAAGUUCAAGGUUACUGUCAAGAAAGCUGCACACUUAGCAUUCUGGCUCUGCCUGUCUGAGUACCUUCUGUCUUUCCUUAGCUAUGUGAUGACCUGUGAUAAUUUUCCAGUGGCAGGCUUAACAACCUCUUAUGAAGGGGUUCAGCACCAACUAUAUGUGGAGAACAAGGUCCUUGCUGACUGUAACACAAGGUGUAACUGCUCAACGAACACAUGGGAUCCAGUGUGUGGAGACAAUGGCCUGGCAUACAUGUCAGCCUGCCUUGCAGGCUGUGAGAAGUCUGUUGGAACAGGAACCAACAUGGUGUUUCAGAAUUGCAGCUGCAUUCAGUCAUCGGGAAACUCAUCUGCAGUCCUGGGCCUGUGUAACAAAGGCCCUGACUGUGCCAACAAGCUGCAGUACUUCUUAAUCAUAGCAAUAUUUGGCUGUUUCAUAUACUCGCUGGCAGGCAUUCCAGGGUAUAUGGUUCUUCUGAGGUGUAUCAAGUCUGAAGAGAAGUCACUUGGAGUUGGGUUACAUGCAUUUUGCAUAAGAAUAUUAGCUGGCAUUCCUGCACCCAUUUACUUUGGAGCUUUGAUAGACAGAACCUGUUUACAUUGGGGAACCCUGAAAUGUGGUGAGCCCGGGGCAUGCAGGAUGUAUGACAUAAACAGCUUCAGACGUCUUUACCUUGGAUUGCCGGCUGCACUAAGAGGAGCAAGCUUUGUCCCCGCCUUCUUCAUUCUAAGACUUACGAGGACAUUCCAGUUCCCUGGGGACAUUGAGUCUUCAAAAACUGAUCAUGCGGAGAUGAAGCUCACCUUGAAGGAAAGUGAGUGCACAGAAGUCCUAAGGUCGAAAGUGACGGAGGACUGAAAACGAAGCUGUAAUGAGUUUUCUACUGCCCUAUGCAAGGCCAUGAAGAGAAUGUACACUUCACUAGUUUUGAAUCAUGAGAGAUACAAUUGGAACUCUUAGGUUAUCCAUAAGGCCGUCAAAGUUACUUCAUUCAUGAUAAAAUUAUUUACUGAUAGCAUUUUCAGAAGGCUGACAUAGUACUCAAGAUUUUCCCAGGGAAAACUUCUAUAGUGGCCUUCACCCUUAACCUUAAAGCUGCCUUCAUUUUCAACCAGCAUGUUCUCUUUUAACUCAAUCAAGGGAAGUGGAUGUUUCCCACACAUUCUCAAAUAUCUUUGAAACUUUCCUAUUGCAGAAAUAUCAUUUAGAUGUUUUUAAUUUAUAUACUGAUGCUGGAGAUCAAAAUAUACAUCUUGGUUAAGCCAGAUUGCGUUAGUUUGUUUUGAUUUAUCCUCUGCAUGUGCAAAACUUCUGCAUCUGUCUUGUGUACUUAGGAGUGGUAACUCUCUUUUACUUCUAAGAUUAGACUCUUCAGAGUGUGCCAUCUCCUGUUUUCAGUCCCUUCUAUCAUUACUUCUGUCACACAGUUGAUCAUUUCACAUACAUCACUGAAAACUUUAAUCAGGUUGUUAACCAGUCAUGUAGCAAAGAUGAUUGGGACUCUUUUUCUCUAACAAUUCAAAGCUGGUCAUGAAACUCUUUUUUAAAAAUCAAGAGUAGGGGAAAACUAGUCCUUUCAAAGGCUCCUUGUAGAGAUGGGCUGUAUCUCAGUGGAAUAGUUAUUACCUAAUGUAUGUGAGGCCCCAGGUUCAACCACAACGUAGGGUAAACCAAUAAAGUAAUAAAAAUAACGUAAGUCCAGAUGCAUCAUCAGAUAUUCUAAAAGGCUAUUCUCAUAUUCAGGGGGCUUCAAUGGCUUAGUGUUCAUUCUAUUCAAGGGCCAUGGAGCACAUAGUUAUUAACAUUCAUAAUAAACUUAGAGUAAAACCUUUAAAGAGGGACCAGAUAGAAAGUUCGAUAGAAAGAACUGUUUGCCACCGAACCUGAAAAGGUUGUUGUGAUCCUUGGGACCAACGUGAAGGAGAGAACAAACUCUCACAAGUUGUGCUAUAUCUCUUUUUAAUUGUGCAUGCCCCAUUGCAAAUCAAUUAAUAAAAAAAGCAUUAAAAGGUUUAAGACCGACAUUUGCUGUAAAAUUAUAGCUCAUAAACGUGAAGGUACACAUCAAAAAUAAAAUCAAGUUGUGGUUGUUUUAAUGAGAAAUAUCCCUCCUAGGCAUAGGCAUUUGGAUAUUUGGUUUCUAAUGAAUGACUCUGCUUAGGGAAGAUUGGAUGUGCAUCCCUAAGACAAAAGGUGAAUCACUGAGAUGGGUUGAAAGUUAAAAGCCUCACCUACUUCCAGUACACUCUCUGCUUUGUGCUUUGGUUGAUGAUAUGAAAUCAUGGUUUCCUGCUCCAGCCACCAUGCCUGGUGCUUGCCUUCAUGAACUUCCAUCCCUGGAGUCAUGCGUUAAAAUAAACUCCUUUUUUUAAUGUG